AUGGUAUCCUCGUCAAGGCGUAGAGGCGCUAAUAGCGUUUCCUCAUUUUGUCGAGUAUUGGUACCUACCGUUGCUGUCGGUUUCCUCCUGAGCGCCGCAGGGGUGGAAGGAGCACAAGAUGUCACAAAGGGUUCAGACGAAGAUCUUCCGCAUUUCCCUGGACGAAUUAGAUCUCCGAACCGAGGUGAACCAAAAGAUCCUGACAGGACAAUUCCCUUGACCAUCACCAACAAAUGUGACUCGACAAUCUGGCCCGGCAUCGCAACACAGGCCGGCAAAGGCCCGGGAACUGGAGGAUUCGAGCUCACUCAGGGAAAGAGUAAAGACCUAUGGGUCUCAUGGGAUUGGCAAGGUCGAGUUUGGGGUCGUACAAAUUGUACUGUGAAUGGUGAUUCGUGUUCCUGCAAAACAGGGGACUGUUUUGGGCUGUUAGAUUGCGAAGCCAGUGGUUCCACGCCAGCAACACUCGCUGAAUUUACACUGGCUGGUGGUUUGCAUGGGAAGCAGACCUUCUACGAUCUGUCUUUGGUUGAUGGCUACAAUCUCCCGAUGGGUGUCAACUUCAUACCCUCCAAAAACACGACAUUCAUCCCGCCGAAUCUCACCAACUGCGCCUGCAUUGCGACACCUAGUUGGAUCUAUGCCAGCAGCCAGACGGGAACAUAUUACACAAACUCGUCAUACCCUGUUCCACUGGAAACUCGAGUCAGCAGCGACAAUGCCCGAAGCUGGUGCCCAUGGAAGUACCUUGCUUUUCCACCCACUAAGCCUGGGGAUGGCAUCUAUCCUUAUCCAGACGAUGACAUCCAACGGCCAGAAUUCUCCCCCUGUAACAGCGCAUGCGCUGCGUACGGAACCGACGAGGAUUGCUGUGUAGGAAAGUACCACGACCCAGAUGUCUGCAAGCCAUCUGCCUACAGCAAGAGAGCCAAGAUUAUAUGCCCCGAUGCAUAUAGUUUUGCUUAUGACGACCAGAAGUCCACGUUCAUUAUUCCCAACGGUGGAGGCUGGGAGGUAAUCAUGUGUCCCAAGGGUCGCUCAACUAACAUUCUGCGACAACUUGGAGAUGAAAUGAAUGAGCUCGCCCAAUCUGGCACCCUGUCGGACGCGACACAGAAGAAGCUCAAAGACGUCAGUUAUAUCGUAUCUGAGAAGAGCCUCGGAAACCAUGUGUUACCUAUCGAACUCAUGAUGGCUUCAACAGCGUUGGCAACUGCACUUUGGUUACUGGUAUAA